AUGCACUUCACCACCACUCUCGUCGCCGCCGUGGCCGCCCUGACGCCUCUUGUCAGCGCUGUAGGCAAUGCCAAAGUCGUCAACAAAUGCGGCUUCCCUGUUUACCUGUGGUCCGUUGGAGGCUCGGUUGGCCCAGCAAAGACUGUGAAGUCCGGUGGCACAUACUCUGAGGUCCUGCACCACGACCCAGCUUCCGGAGGCAUCGCCAUAAAAAUCACCACUGUGCCGAAUGGCAUUUACAACGGAAGCCCCCAGACCAAUUUUGCCUAUACUUUGGACGGCCAGCAGGUCUGGUACGAUCUGUCGGAUGUCUUCGGUGACCCAUUCUCCGGUCAUGCCAUCGGCGUCAAGCCCUCACUCAACUGUCCAAAGAUCUGCUGGCCCAAUGGCGUGGCUACGAGUGGAGCCAGUCAAACGAAGGUCUGCAGUGCCAACUCCGAUAUCACUCUUACUCUCUGCUCAGGCACUUGCUAG